AUGCCGGCAGAGCACCACCUAGAGCGCAGGAAGCGCAGGACCCCGAAAAAGGUGCCUGGCGUCAACAGAGAUGACUCGGAUGACGAGCUCGGGAUCGAGGACCUCCCGUGGGAGUGGAUCUACCAAGAGCAACAGGAUGGCAGUCCGGCCGAAGACGGCAACUCUCGCAAGCGGAAGCGGACGCAACAGGACAAGAUCAUUGGCGCCCGGAUGGGCAAGUUCGAGUGCCGGCUGGGCGACACGGUCCUGCUCAAAGCCGAGCUGACGAACGAGGCAUGGGUCGGCAUCAUCUGCGAUUUUGUCGACAGCGACGGCGACGAGGGCGAAAAGUCGGCCAACUUCAUGUGGCUCUCGACGGAGCGAGAGAUUCGCAACAAGGAGAAGAAGCGCACCGAUUUCUACCCCAACGAACUCUACAUAUCCCCCUCCUGGGACCUCAACCCCCUGGCCUCCAUAAACGGAAAGGCAACGGUCACCUCGCUCGACGCGUUUCUCAAGAAAUACCCGAAUGGGAAGGUGCCUCGGAGCUCAAGGGAUCAUGGCAAGAUCUUCGUAUGCCGCAGAGGCUGCAACACGCGGACGGCGACCUACACUGAUGAGUUCGUCUGGGAGGACAUCUACCAUGGGUCCGAAGAAGACAUCUUCAAUCUCGUUGAGAUGGUCAAGAACGGCACAAAGGCGACGAGGAAGCGCAGAUCAGCCAAGCAACCGUCGCCCGACGUGUACGCUUUUGAGGAGGACGCAGACGAUGCUGCCGCACCCCGAACGCCAAAGAAGGCCAGGAACCAGGAUGCGACAACGCCAAGCAAGCAGAGGAGUGCUAGCAAGCCGAUGACGCCUUCGCAUCGGAAAAUCAUGAUCAAGAAACAGCUGGAAUUCACACCCCUAGCGACCCGAACUCUCUCUCCUGCAAACCACCAAUCCUCACCAUUCCAGAUCGCCCGCGCAAAUCUCCACGUAGCCUCCGUGCCGGCGAGUCUACCCUGUAGAGAGUCUGAGUUCAGCCUCGUCUACUCCCAUCUCGAGGCCGCCAUCACGGACGGCAUGGGAACCUGCAUCUACAUCUCUGGCACCCCCGGUACAGGCAAGACAGCGACAGUCCGCGAGGUGGUGUCACGACUGGAUGAAGCCGUAAGCUCGGACGAGCUGGACGAUUUCAUAUUCGUCGAGAUCAAUGGAAUGAAGAUCACGGAUCCUCAUCAAGCCUACUCGCUGCUAUGGGAGGCCUUGAAAGGGCAGCGCGUCAGCCCGGCGCAGGCCCUCGACCUUCUGGAACGGGAGUUUAGCCAUCCCAGCCCGCGGCGAGUGCCCUGCGUCGUGCUGAUGGACGAGCUCGACCAGCUCGUCACCAAGAACCAGGGUGUCAUGUACAACUUCUUCAACUGGCCCGGUCUCAGACACAGCCGGCUCAUCGUCCUCGCCGUGGCCAACACCAUGGAUCUGCCAGAGAGGACGCUGAGCAACAAGAUUAGCAGUAGACUGGGCCUGACCCGUAUCACAUUCCCCGGCUACAACCACGAGCAGCUCAUGAAGAUCGUCCAGUCCCGCCUCGAAGGCGUUCCCGGCGACAUCGUCUCCCCAGACGCCGUCCAGUUCGCCAGCCGCAAGGUCGCUGCCGUCAGCGGCGACGCCCGCCGCGCUCUGGACAUCUGCCGCCGGGCCGUGGAGCUCGCCGAGGCAGACAGCAGCAGCAGCAGCAACAAGUCGGCCCCGCCGACGCCGAGCAAGAAGAACGGCGCGGACCCGGCACCGGCGGAGAAGGAGACCGCGCGCGAGAAGAAGCGCGGGCGCGUGACGAUCGAGACGGUCCGCCGCGCCAUCGCCGAGGCGACCUCGAGCCCCCUGCAGCAGUACCUGCGCGCCCUGCCGUUCGCCGCGCGCCUGCUCCUCGCGGCGCUGCUCGUGCGCACGCAGCGCUCCGGCCUGGCCGAGAGCUCGUACGGCGACGUGCUGGGCGAGGUGCAGCGCGCGCUCGGGCUCGUGGCCGAGGACAGGCGCGUCGAGCUGCUGGGGCGGAAGCCGUUGCGGGACGCGUCGGAGCUGUACCACCAGUCCGGCCCCUGGACGGGGCGGCCCCGGGCCGGGGACCACGGCGGCAACAAGGCGGCGCGGCUGGCGGGGCUGGGCGCCGCGGCGGUGGACCUCACGGGCGCGGGCAUCAUCAACCUCGAGGGCCUGCGGGCGGAGAGGCCGAGCAAGAUCAGGCUGGCCGUGGGCGACGAGGAGGUGCGGCUGGCGUUCCGCGACGACCCGGAGAUCAAGGCCAUCGGGCUUGUAUUUUAA